GGCUUUCUUAGUUGUUUGCAUUCGAAAUGUCUGGGAUCCAGCAACGCAAAUCGGAACGUUAUCAUGGCGGCUUUCAACAGAAUAACACGCAACGUGCUGCAAAAGAGCCCCAAUGAUGUCGUUCUGCUUUCUGCCGUACGGUCUCCAAUCAAUCGCAGCUUCAAAGGUGGCUACAAAGAUGCGCACCCCGAGGACAUCCUGAUGCCUGUUAUGAAAGCUGCUGUACAGAGAGCGAGGAUCGAGCCCAAAGAUGUGAAUGAUGCCAUGAUUGGCAACGUACUCGCUGAGCUGGGCUUUGCAAAGACUGGUCGGAUGGCGCUCAAUCAUGCUGGGUUCCCAAACUCGACUACAUUCCACACCGUCAACCGCCAGUGUUCGAGUAGUUUGCAAGCCAUCACCCACAUAUCACAUGCGAUUAUGGUGGGCCAAAUCGAUGUCGGACUCGCCGGGGGUGUUGAAAGCAUGUCAAGAAAUUACAGCUCACGAGGCGUCCCGACUGAUGUCUCGCCAACUCUGUUGGGAUCAACGGUCAAAGACGCGCGUGACUGCCUUAUGCCCAUGGGUAUCACCUCUGAGAAUGUCGCAGAAAGAUUCAACGUUGACCGGAAGUCACAAGACGAAUAUGCUGUACGAAGCCACAGCCGGGCAAGCCAGGCACAGAAGGAAGGACGAUUUGAGUGGGAGACUGUGCCUGUUACCGUGCAACGCAUGGAUGAGACAACAGGCCAGCUGGCAGGAUAUGAGGUUACCAAAGAUGAUGGUAUAAGACAUGGCUUGACCUUCGAGAAGGUAUCAACGUUGAAGCCUGUUUUUGGCGAAAAUGGCAAAAGCACUGCUGGAAACUCAUCUCAAAUUUCGGACGGCGCCUCGUCAACGAUUCUUGCCCGUCGGUCUUGGGCAGAAGAGCGCGGAUUGACGCCGUUAGGGCGUUUUGUUGGGACACAAGUCAGUGGUUGUGCGCCUGACGAGAUGGGCAUCGGCCCCAUAUAUGCAAUACCAGCACUGCUCAAGUACACGGGGACUGAUCUGAAAGACAUCGAUAUCAUGGAAUUGAACGAGGCCUUCGCCAGCCAGACAUUGGCAUGCAUCCGCGCGCUCGGCUUGGACGAGGAUAAGGUGAAUCCAAAUGGCGGUGCGAUUGCUCUGGGACAUCCCACUGGGGCAACAGGCGCACGUCAGACUGCAACUCUGUUCGGAGAGCUGCGUAGGCAGGACAAGGAGCUGGGCAUUGUGUCCAUGUGCGCAAGUACUGGCCAGGGCGUCGCGUCGCUCUUCGUGCGCGAGUCAUAGUAUGCGAAGCUAGCGGGCAGCAACGGACCCCUUACAAUUAGUGUACUUACUGUACAAGACUUUGC